UUCCAGCAAAUGUGUUCUAGCAACCUGGUAGUGUUUACACAAUUUCCUGUAACUUGUUACUGUUGUGUACUGGUGUUGUGUAGGUGUGGACGUCUCUUUCUGACCUCCUCCCUCAGACAGGUAUGCCUUAGACCCCAAGAUUACUAAAUCAUCAUUUAAAAAAUAAGAAAUGGAUGUAUUACAGAAGCUUCAAGAUCCACAACUUGUGGCUAACUUUCAACAUCUCUUUGGAAUACGUCGUGUGGAGGCUACUAGAGUCAAGAAAUAUGUUGGUAGUAAUCACUUAUGUGCAUCUGUGUCAAAUUCGCAUAACAGAGAAAUAAAAACCAAUAUUAUGGAACGAUACUUGGAUGAACAGUCAAGUAAACAAGGGUUGCACCUUCGAAGGAAAUAUAAGAGGCUGGCCGACACGGAUACACACAAGACACAUUCACGUCAGGACUCUGCAGUGAGCAUUACAAGUGUGGCAAGUGACAGCAGCAAUGGCAGUGAUCCUGGAUGGGAAUGCUGCUUGGGGAAAAUACUGGAGGAAUGGAGGGAAGUAUGGAGGAAGACAGCACUGUCUCAGAGUCAGAAGUGGAAGAGAACUCUUUUGAAAUCAAAGACAGGUAAAGCUUUGUUUUGGUACCAUCUCUUCUUCUUUGCUACGGGCCUGGGCGGAGAGCUGUUCUACUCUGUAUUCUUUUGUUUCUGGUCGUGGAAUGUGGAUAGUGCCGUGUUACGAAGAGUAAUGGUUAUAUGGAUGAUUACUAUGUAUAUUGGACAAGCAUUAAAAGAUAUCCUGAAAGUGCCUCGGCCAGCUUGUCCUCCAGUAGUUCGGUUGGACCCUAAGUGGCAGUUAGAGUAUGGCCUUCCCUCCACGCAUGCCAUGGUUGGUGCUGCCAUGCCAUUUUCCAUUCUCAUCCUCACAUUAAAUCGCUACCAAUUGGACUGGGGCUGGGGAUUGGCCAUUGCAGUUACAUGGUGUACCUGCGUCUGCCUUUCAAGGCUGUACCUGGGAAUGCAUACUGUUUUGGAUGUGGUGUGUGGACUCAUGCUGGUGACUGUAUUACUUGUUAUGAUAUUACCCUGGGUGGACGUCCUCGAUCACUUGGCACUGACCCACCCAGCCUCGCCCCUCAUCUCCUUCACACUGACCGUCGCCAUGGUUGUCUGCUACCCUGCCACUGAUCGUUGGACACCUGCCAGGGGUGAUACCACCGUUAUUGUUGGCGUAGGAUGCGGCUCCCUCCUGGGAUCAUGGACCAACUAUCAGCUGGGUAUUAUACGGGAGCCAUCGCUACCUCCACCUUACAGUGUCAUCUGGCCAUCACUUAACAUGAUUGGAUUAUCACUUCUCCGCACCAUACUUGGGCUAGUCAUCAUUAUGGCUGUGAAGGCAAUAUUUAAGUCUCUUUCUUUUGCCACCAUCUGUGCAUUGCUUCAGGUAAAAGCAGAAGAUUACGUGAACAAGACGGGUGGCAUCACUGUUCGUCACCGCCUCAUUGUUGAACUCUUCUACAAAUUCAUUACCUACAUUGCAAUUGGGUUUACAGUGGUUUACACGGGCCCAAUGGCAUUCCGUCUCAUUGGUAUAGAACGACCUACAUUUUACACUGAAAUUUAACUAGGAAUGGGAGGGAUUUGGACCUGAGGCCUAGCAUGUGCUAAUCUUAUGUUCUAACCACUUGACUGUGAAGGCUGCAGUAUGUUUGGCAACCCUCUUCCAGGUAAUGUCUGCAGACAUCCCUAACUGUUUCAUCAAUAUGUACAUGAUUUUUAUGGCUAAACUUUCACUAACAGAUAGUCUCUAUGAUCAAAUACAGUUCUCAUGCCUCACUUGUAUAUUUCUUCAUUCUUGUAUUCAUUCUCCAUUUGUUUAACUGUAUUGCUUCACUCUGCAAUCUUUUGUACAACAUGUGGUUUAGAAGGAAAAAAGGAACAGGAGAGGUUUUUUUUUUUUUUCACUGUCCAUCUCCCACCAAGGAAAGGUCCGGGACUCGGAAGGAGGGGUGGGGAUAUUAAGGUGGGGAUAUUAUAGUCAGAAAAUCAUUGAAAUAUGAUGUCAGUACACUUCUGGCAAGACUGAUUGAAUGAUGGGAAUGUGUUCUUUAUUUUUCUGGUCACCAUACCUUAGUGGGAGAUGACUGAUAAGAUAAAAAAAAAAAGUCAUUAACUUUUCGUAUCCUCACACCACACGUUUCUCAGCGUCUUUGUUCCCUUCCCUAAGUCAAUUUUACAAGAGCUAUAAAGAAUUAAGAUAUUAAAAAUUUGUUUCUUGAGUUACUGCCACAAAGGAUAGGUUUACCACUGUUAGGAUCUCAUUGCAGUAUAACACUUCUUUAUUUUAAUAAAUAAUUAAAUGAUGUCAUUGGAAUAAUUCAGUAUCUAGUUCAUUUGGUCAUGCUUAAACUUUCAGGUCACAUAAUGUUCAUCAGUAUUUUUUGCAAACUUUUAAUGACCAUUUGAGUGAUGGGAUUUGUAAAAUUUAUAGAUAUCCUGAGGUUACAGUAUCUACUCAUUAACCUUUUUACUAUCUCCCAUGUAGAUCUAAGUUACUUAUGCCAGUGCCACUGGUGUAGAUCUCUUUCAAGCACAGUGCCUAAAAUAUGCUGCAAGUUGUAAAUUUUGGCCUAGACAUAAGAAACUGGGUCUGUGCAGUGGGUAUGCACAGCAUAAAACAAAUCCUGCCUCAUAUUUGGUUAAAAUGGCAAAUUUAAGGUGUUUUCUAGGGUAGUAUUAUUGGCUGUUUUUUGGUAUAAAUUGAUAAGAAAUAGAAAUUUUGGUCAGUUUCAAACUGGAAGUAGCUUGCAAUAGGCCUCAAAGUGGCAGAAAUAUUUGAUUUUUGUCAGUUUUGCUGAGGAAAGGUAAGAAUGACCCUAAUCCCCCUCCCCAAAUCCCAAGUCUGUUUUGUGGGUUUUUACAAGGUCUUCAUAUAUUUGGACAGCCUAAACCAUAGCCAGACAUUCUUGGUUAUGUUUUAUUAAAUUAGAAAUGGGGUAAAACUUUGUUUUUGUGUGAUGUAUUGAAAAUGGAGGCAAGUGUUAUAUAGGAGAAGUCUGGUGAUAUGAUUAAUGAAUAGAGGAAAGGUUGCCUUAGUGGUGGAAUGCCUACUGUGUUGAUUUUGGGCUUUUUUUAAAAUGGAAUUUGUUGAACUUAAUGUAAAAUUGGUCAAAUUACCUACUUCUAUGCACUUCAUAGGGUAAUUCUGAUAGUUGGAUGGGCAGUUUCUUGCACUCAAUUAAUAAAACAAAAGGCAUACUAGUGAUAUAGCAAAAGAUAAGUUAGAAUGUAUAUCUUUAAACCUCAGAGUGGGUAUAAUAUAUAUAAUUGUUUUAGAAUAACUUAUUUAAUAAAGAUUAGUAACACAAAUUAAA